AAAAAUAUGAAAAAAAAAAAUGAUAUAAAUUUGUAUAAUUUUUUUUUUCAACUUGUAAUUAUUUCUUCUUUUUUUUUUCUUUUUUGUUUUUAUCUUUACAAAACACACCCCCCACUCAGUUAUAUUAAUUUAAAGAUGUCUACUCCCGGAUCUGGUAACGCCACUGCUGGUGCUAAGCUUUUUAAGACUCGUUGUGCUCAAUGUCACACCGUUGAAGAAGGUGGUCCUCACAAGGUCGGUCCUAAUCUUCACGGUAUCUUUGGUCGUAAGACGGGUCAAGCUCCCGGUUACUCUUACACCGCUGCUAAUGUAGAAAAAGGUAUUGUUUGGGAAGAACAAACUCUUUUCGAUUACCUUGAAAACCCCAAGAAAUAUAUUCCUGGUACUAAGAUGGCUUUUGCUGGUUUUAAGAAGCCUAAGGAUCGUGCUGAUGUUGUUGCUUACUUGAAGGAAUCAUGUUAAGCUGUAUUUAUAAAACCUUUUUAUUUAUUUUCCCCCUUCAAUAUUUAAAAGAAAAUAUUGCUUUUUUUUGUACUAUUUUUAAUACUUUAGAUACUUUUUUUUUUUUUGUAAAUGGAUCUGUUACAUUAAAAUAAAUUGACCAUUUUAAUAAGAGAGAGACUAUAUAAC